GGUCAUAGUGGUGGCAUUGCCAAAAUAGUCUCUAGAAACUGUCACGUUUUCUCUCUCACACACAACCACCAAAACACCUACCAAAAAAUCAAGCAAAAUGCCAAAAUUCUAGCGAACAAAACUUUAUCUUCGGAUACUACUGCACUGCAGUGCUCUGCUAGGAAAUAAACUGUUUGUAAUUCGGUGUUUCAUCCAACAUCCGUACUGUUUUCGUUCGAAGAAUGGCGUUCGUUACAGGAUUAAUAUCCGGCGUUAUAGUUGGAAUUGGAUUGAUUGUUGUGUUCGUUCGGUCUGAAAAUGCUCGAUCUAAGAGUCGCUCUGCACUUGCGGUGACGAUUGCGAGUCUUGCAAGAAUGACUGUUGAAGAUUCAAAGAAGUUGCUGGGCCCAGAAUUCUACCCUUCUUGGGUUGUUUUCUCAAAGAGACAGAAGUUGAAUUGGCUUAAUGCUCAUCUUUGUAAGAUCUGGCCCUAUGUUGAUCAGGCAGCAUCUGAAGUUAUAAAGGCCAGCAUGGAGCCAGUUCUUGAGCGAUAUAGACCAAUAGUAUUGUCUUCUUUGACAUUUUCCAAGUUUACUCUUGGCACAGUUGCGCCACAAUUUACAGGAGUUACUAUCAUUGAAGGCGAAGGUGAGGGUGAUGGCAUAACUAUGGAGUUAGAGAUGGAUUGGGACGGGAACCCGAGUAUAAUACUUGAUAUCCAGACCCGACUUGGAGUUGGAUUGCCUGUGCAGGUGAAGAAUAUUGCAUUUACUGGCGUUUUUAGGUUGAUAUUUAAGCCUCUAGUUCCCGAGUUUCCUUGUUUUGGAGCCGUAUCGUUUUCUUUGAGACACAAGAAAAACUUGGAUUUCAAACUAAAAGUAGUUGGUGGUGACAUUUCAACUAUUCCUGGUGUUGCUGAUGCCCUUGAGAGUACUAUACGUGAUGCCAUUGAGGAUUCGAUCACCUGGCCCGUUCGAAAAGUAAUUCCCAUUUUGCCUGGAGAUUACAGCGACCUUGAACUAAAGCCUGUGGGAACACUCGAGGUGAAACUCGUACAAGCUCAAGGUUUAAAAAACAAAGACAUUAUUGGGAAAUCCGAUCCUUUCGCUGAGCUAUACAUACGUCCCUUACGUAAUAGAAUGCAAACUAGUAAAGUUAUCAACAACGACUUGAAUCCAAUUUGGAACGAACAUUUUGAGUUUGUGGUCGAAGAUGUUUCGACACAACACUUGACGGUAAAAAUAUUCGAUGAUGAAGGGCUUCAAGCAGCUGAGCUCCUUGGAUGUGCUCAAGUGCAGUUGAGUCAACUUGAGCCUGGUAAAGUCAAGGAUGUUUGGAUAAAAUUGGUAAAAGAUUUGGAUCUUCAGAGGGACAAUAAAGAUCGGGGGAAGGUACACUUGGAACUACUGUAUUGCCCAUACGGCAUGGAUAACACGUUCACGAACCCGUUUACUUCCGACUUCUCCAUGACAUCUCUAGAAAAGGUUCUUCAAACCGGAGAAACCGAAGAUGGCGAUUUAGUAAAUAAGAAAAGAACCGUAAUUAUACGAGGAGUGCUUUCCGUCACUGUGACAUCUGCCGAAGAUUUACCAUCUACAGAUCUUUUGGGAAAGACUGAUCCUUUUGUUGUGCUCACUAUGAAGAAAACCGGGAUGAAAAACAGUACCAGGGUUGUGAACGAGAAUUUGAACCCGGUUUGGAAUCAGACUUUCGACUUUGUUGUGGAGGAUGGGUUGCAUGAUAUGCUCGUUGUUGAAGUAUAUGAUCAUGAUACAUUUGGGAAGGAAUACAUAGGAAGAUGUAUUUUGACACUAACUAAGGUCAUACUCGAAGGAGAAUACAGCGACUGUUUUCCACUCGAAGGUGCUAAAUCCGGGAAACUCAAUUUGACCCUUAAGUGGAUGCAUCAACCAAUUUACCGCGAUUCUGAGAAUUGAACACCACACGAACUCAUGAUCCUCAAAAGGGUUGUCGAAUAUUGAGGUACACAUGACCCGUACAUAAUCUUUGUGAAAAUUAUGGUAACAACAUAGGUGUUAUUGACUUGGAUAUUGAAGACAAUAAGUGAAUACGUUUGUUGAGCUGUAGGAUUUGGUUUUGUAUUCUCUUCCUUUAUAACUUCUGCGGUUUUUGUUUUCAGUCAUUUAAAACCGAUGGAACACAUUUUCAUCUUCUUCA